AUGAACGGACUCGAAGUAGACGCAUAUCAACGCAAGUGUCGCAAUGGUAAUGCUCAAAAGAAAACCCCCGUUUUGCCUGCACACGAUCGAUGCCCGGAGAAUAGAUCCGAAACCGGCCUCAAAUCCGUGCGAUGUAGGAUGUGUUCAGAAUGGAUUGAUUGGAGGCGCAUCGGUGAUGGUGGUGCAGGUGCGGGCGGGAGAAGUAAUGAGAUAGGCCAAUUGCGCAAGCCGACAUGUUGGCCGCGGUGUUGUUUCCAUAGAGAGUUGUUCGCAAUGCCAAAAGUUUGUCCGCGUCUGGGUUUCAAUCUGUCUCGAGACAAGGUUCGAUACACUCCUUGCACUUGA